UCUUUUCGUGGCUCAAGCACAAGCCCCGUUUGCUACUAUUCUUUUCCUCCUAUCCCUCAUCGUCGCUCCUUAUUUAUGAUUCGAGUUCCGAACUUCUCUUUUUCUCCCGUCCUUCCUUCUUUAUAGUUGGAAGGGGGAGCUUUGGAAGCCAGAGAUGCUAGGGAUCAAUGGCGAAGGCUCCCCACAUCAGGCUUGCGCAGCGUGCAAGCACCAGAGAAGGAAGUGCACGCCCGAGUGCCCUUUAGCCCCUUUCUUCCCCGCAGAGAAGACCACCAUCUUCCUCGCAGUGCAGAAGGUGUUCGGGGUGAGCAACGUCGUGAAGAUGCUCCGGGAAUUGGACAGCCAUGAAAAGCGCCAACUUGCGAUCAACUCCCUGUGCUGGGAGGCGCAGUGGCGCUUGAUAGAGCCGACCGAGGGCUGCUUCGGCGAAUUCAAGCGGAUGACGGAGGAGCUCUGCUCGUACAAGAGGAUGUUUGAGACGCAUAACUGCAGCAUCAAGGGCCAUGGCGGCACUGGGAAGCCUGAGAAUUUGAACCCCUCGGUUUACAGUAACAAUAACAUCAAUAACAGCGUCGCCAACAACUUCAAUGGGGUGCUUACUGCUUCUAAUACCAACAACAAUGGUGGUCUUAACAGUGUGCAUGAGUUGAACCAGCCCUUCGUCUAUGGCUUCAAUAAAGGCAACUGUGGUGGUGGCCAGCUUCUUUAUCAGCCUGCAAUGGAAGGCACCGACCAACAAUUGGAUAAUCGUGCGAUGGAGGAGAGGAGGAAGAAAAAGGAGGAUGGGAGGGAGAGCUCUUCGCCGGCCGACGGCCUAAGCACCUCCAUCAAGCGGCGGGAGGGAGAGAAGGACGGCUUUCUUCCCGUCCUGCCGCCACCCGAUGGUGUGGGCACUGCUGUCGGCCAGCUGAUAAGAAAGGGAAAAAAACCCCUCCCCUCUACCUCCUGUUUCUCUUUUCCUCCUCCAUUCAAGGAGAUCAAAUGA